UACGUUUGUACAACAACAUGGAGGACGAGGUGGAUGUUGAUAUCGAGGGAGAUGACUUUGGUAACAGUUUAAGUGAGAUGGAUGGAGGUUUGCUCCAGGGGGACUUCACACAGUCUGCGGGGAAGGGCAGCUCCUGGAUGCUGCCCUGGGAGCUGGACAGCUCAAUCAGCCCAGAGAACAGAGAAGUGAUCGAGAGGAUGCUGCUGGAGGAACAAUAUUAUUUGACAGGUAAGGGGAUUCCUGACCAGAUUUUACACAGUGAUGCAAACAAUAAACCCAAAAUGAAGAAGUCUCCAGCCAAGAGCUCAGCCUCAGCCUCUGCUGCAUCGCGCUGGUCCAAACAGGAGAAAGAACUGUUUGAGAAAGGACUGGCUCAGUUUGGUCGAAGGUGGACUAAGAUUGCGAAACUGGUGGGCAGUAGGACUGUUCUUCAGGUCAAGAGUUAUGCCAGGCAGUAUUUCAAACACAAGACUAAAUCAGAGCCCGGAGCUGCAGCUCCACCUACAGGUCCUGUGCAGCACCUACAACCUCUGCAGCCCAUGUCCGGCCACACGUCCACUCUGACCAAUGCUGUCCGCAUAGAGAGGCUUUCUGAUGACGAGGAUGUCGACAUCACGGAUGACCUAAGCGAGGAUGAGAAGGCAGAUGAGAGACAAACUGAGACCAAGAUCCAAAUAGAAGAGGCGGGUCUGAGUGGGACAGAGAGCAUCCAUGAUACAAAGGACCGGUCCAGUCCGAGCCCUCUUUCUCUGCAAACUCCUCAACCCUCAUCUUCUCUUGUUUCCUCAGAGGAUAUUGAAGUAAACAGACUAGAUGAGAAUGUGAAUAAAACAGCAUCUAUUUUCCCAUUAAGCCCUCAGACAGAAACACAAACAGACUCAAAGCAGACAUUUGAUGCAGAUGGAGGCCAGAACUCCCAGCAUGACAUCUCAGUGCAGAUGGGUCAGCUGGAUGAAGCUGAUGGGGACUUCAAAGAUUUUGCUGAUAAGGUUGAGACUGAUGGACCAGAGAAAGACCAGGAGGAGCAAGAAGAUGAAGACGAGGAAGAUGAGGAGCUUAAGGCCCCGGAGCAAGAAAUAGAGAUGGAUAUGGAAACCAUUACAGAGGAUGAGAAACAAGCUAUCCCAGAGUUCUUUGAGGGACGACCAUCCAAAACUCCUGAAAGAUAUCUGAAGAUUAGAAACUACAUCCUGGAUCAGUGGCUGAAAAGCAGACCCAAGUACCUGAACAAGACGUCGGUCCGACCUGGUCUGAAGAACUGUGGAGAUGUCAACUGCAUUGGAAGAAUACACACCUACCUGGAGCUCAUAGGGGCCAUCAACUUCAAUUGUGAGCAAGCGGUCUAUAACCGCCCCAAGGUGGUGGACCGCACCAGGAUAAAGGAGGGCAAGGAAGUUCUGGAGGCCUAUCAGCUUGCCCAGAGAUUACAGAGUAUGCGGACCAGGAAGCGGCGUGUGCGAGACUUAUGGGGGAACUGGUGUGACGCUAAAGAUUUGGAGGGACAGACGUUUGAGCAUCUCAGUGCUGAAGAAUUGGCUCUGAGGAGGGAGGAGAUGAAAAAGCAGCCUAAACCCUGCAAGAUGUCAAGAUACAGAGGGUCUUUUGAUCCCUUCCAGCUGAUCCCCUGCAGGUCUUUUGAAGAUGAUGUACAGGAACCAUUCCAGGUCAUUGUGUGUGCUGAGACGCUUCUCAUCAUGGACAUGCAUGCUCAUGUGUCACGAGGGGAAGUCAUUGGUUUGCUGGGUGGAACGUUUAAUGAGGAAGCAAAAGUACUGAAGAUCUGUGCAGCGGAGCCGUGCAACAGUGUGAGCACAGGUCUGCAGUGUGAGAUGGACCCGGUGUCUCAGACACUGGCCUGUGAUGUGCUGUCCUCUCUGGGUCUCAAUGUGGUGGGAUGGUACCAUUCCCACCCAUCUUUCCACCCAAACCCGUCAGUGCGGGACAUAAACACACAGGACCAAUUCCAGAGUUAUUUCUCACGUGGCGGAGCCCCUUUCAUCGGGAUGAUAGUGAGCCCAUAUGAUCCAGCCAAUCCCUCCCCCCACUCCCAAAUUACCUGCUUGUUGGUAAAAGAGAGCCAGGAGCCCUCAGGCCCCCACAAGCUUCCCUACAGAUUUGACUUCCUGUCAUCACAAGACACCCCUGACUGGGAACAAAUCAUGAGGAGGGCUCAGUGGAUCAUUCAUAAAUAUGCUCAAGCACCUGGGAAUGUCCAGAUGGACAGAUUAUACCGGAGAGACUCCCAUCUCACCUGUUUGGAGAAGAUGUUGGCAUCUAUGGUGAGAUAUUUGGAACCCCUACCAAACAGGGAGGGAGACCCCUUCCUCACUCAGAUCCAGUCCCUCUUCUGGUCAGACUUCAUCACAAAGCAGCAAUCAUCAGACAAGGAAGGAGAACCACCAAUGGACUCUGAUGACAUUGGUGCUGAUCAGCUGAUCAGUCAGGAGACGCCCCAGGAAGGAAGAGGAGACGUAGAGACAAACAGCAGCACAGUGUUGCAUCUAGGCUCUGUGUUGUCGGCAGAACAUGACUAUUUACUGUGAACUUUGUAGUCAACCGCCCUUGUUUUGUACCAUGAUAUUCACAACAGUAUAACAGUGUUUAUAAAGACAUUAAGGAUAAUGUUUAGUAUUAUUCACUUAAUCAUUUAGGAUUAUAUUUUAUGACAUUUUAAUAUGGUUUUAGACUUGGUUAGUCACAAGUAUGUUAGACCAAAAACCAAUAGUUAGGCAUAAUACUCUUGUGAUUUUUUUUUGUGUGUAAGUCUUGUUUGUUAUGUAUGUGGGGAUCCAUAAACUGAGAUACGGUUAUAACAAUAUUGGUUUCUGGCAUCUCUCUUGGGAGCAAAGUUCUGGAUCCACAAACUUAAAUUGCUGUUUAAGGAACAGAGUUGGAAUCAGGUUAAUGUGAUGGUGCUUUUAUGUCAAGUCCUUGCAGUGGCAGGAAAUAAAUGUUUGGCAGAGAGGGUUUAUGAAUGAGUGAAAAUGUUCUCAGUCUUUUAGAAUUAUCUUUAACAUUAAAAUUAAAGUUUAUUUUUUAUA